CUCUCUCUCUCUCUCUCCCCUAAAUCUACGGAAUUCUUCCCUCUCUCUCUCUGUCAAUUCGCAAGAGAAGAUACAAGAGAAUGCAAGGAGGAGAUUUCAGCUAUUCUCAUUAUUACAAUCAAAACCCUAACCCUAACGAUCUUCUCCUUCCUAGCAAUCCUCAAACCAUCGCCUCUGCCCCUCCUUUCUCUCAGCACUUCUCAUCCUCAGAUCCCUUUUCCUCUCCAUAUCCUCAGCUUUCUCAAAAUUCGGAUCCUACCCCUCCUUCCACCUACUCCCAACCCCCCUUCCCUCCCCCGGAUGUCACGUCAGCAUCCCUCCAGCAACCCCUUUCCGUCCCUUAUUACUCGUACGAUCAACAUCCAACGGCCGUGAGUUAUCCCCACAAUCCCAAUCCCGAUCCGGCCGUUUUGGGCCCUUAUCAUUCCUAUGGCCUGCCGCCACCCACCUACGGAACUCCCUCUGAAAACAGAUAUGGAUAUGAUGCCCGUCCCGAUUUCGAGCAGGAGAGUGUACGGCAGCAUUAUCAGAAUGGGCCCAGCGUUGACGGGCUUGAAGCGGAGGUUUAUGCUUACGAUGGAGGGAGCGUUGAGCCUUAUGGCGCUUGGGGAACUGGGAAGUCGUCUUCUUCAUCUCGGUCGGGGUUUGACGAUUACGGGAGGGUGACAAGCUUUGGAGAAGACGCAGUGGAGCCCAGUAAGAUUGUGAGAGCAGUCCCAAAGGUGGAAACACAGCAGGACGCGAAGAGUGGCGUGCAGAAGUUCCGGGUCAAGCUCUUGCCGGAAGGUGCAGGCCAGACCACCAUGGAUGUUCUUUGCCAGAUUGGUUUGGAUGGAAUUCGUAUGCUUGACCCCAAUACUAACCGGACAAUAAGAAUAUAUCCGCUUGAAACAGUGACAAGAUGGGAAGUAAAUGAGCCAUCUACCUAUACUUUCUGGGCUAAAAGCCCUGUUGACAUUGAACCAAGGCGCAUAAGGCUGCAAUCAAACCGCUAUACGGAUACCACAAACACCAUUCUUGACACCGUUACGGCGGCAACUAUUCAGCUUAAGGAGAUGGGUGGAAAGGAUAGCGUUGCUAGAAGCAAAGGAUCUUAUGAUGAUGCUGGGAAGCUAUCUGUGGAGCCGAUGGAAAAGAAAAAAGGUUUUGGUGAUUGGAUGAACUUGAUAAAGCCUGGCAAUGAGGAGAAACAUCACUGGGUUCCUGAUGAAGCAGUUACCAAAUGUAAAGCAUGUGGAACAGAUUUUGGAGCUUUUGUGCGUAAGCAUCAUUGCAGGAAUUGUGGAGAUAUUUUCUGCGACAAGUGUACCCAAGGCAGAAUUGCUCUUACUGCAGAUGAGCAAUCACAGCCAGUUCGAGUUUGUGAUGGUUGCUUGGCAGAAGUUUCUCAAAGGUUGAGUAAUGCAAAGGAAAAGAUCGGCAAAUCUGCUGUGCAGCACAGUCAUGAGGAUCUUGCUAGGAAGCUUCAGGAGGAAAUGGAGAGAAAUCACAAAUCAUCAUCAUCAGGUGCAAAAUCGUCCAGUGGAUCGGGGAAGCAGAUGAGGGAGGUUGCGUGCCCUAUUUGUACUGUCCACUUGCAGGUCCAUGUCCCAGACUCAGGUUCUGAAACAAUAGAGUGCGGUGUUUGCCAGCAUCCAUUCCUUGUCAGCGCACAUUGAUUCAUUGUGCUGCAUGUGCUGUGAUGGCAGCCAGUUGCAUGCCUUGAGAAACCUGUAUUGGUUCUUGGCUCUGGUUCCAGGGGCCUCACAUAAUAAGGUUAUGGUUUCUGCUGUGUAUAUGGCUGUAUUUUCUUUUAAUACAAUCUCACCUGAUGGAACUGUUGAUAUCCUGUAUAUGAAUUUCAUCUGAGUUAAGCGUGUCAGGGAGACAUUGUACAUAAAGCAAUUUGCAUCGGAUGACAUCAAACCAAAGCUGAGAAUCUUCACACCGCCGGCUUUGGAUUGACC